CCCAAGUGAAACAUCAAGAGAAAAGAGAAAGAGUAGAGUGUUAAACUUAAAAAUUUAACAAAUAUAAAUUUUGUAAACUAAUCAUCGUUACCAGAACAAAACAAAAAAAAACGGUGAAAUCUAUAUAAUUGAUAUACGUAACACAAAAAAUUGACACGGUGGAGAAAAAAUCUAAAAACCUCUACCAAACAAAACAAUAAUAGGGAAAAAACACAAAACGGAGAGGCAAACAACAAAAAGGAAAAUUGUGUAAAAAUCUUCCGCUGAGGAAAUACCUACAAUAAAUCACCCCACUGGGUUAAAAACACAAGAGGCGAGGAGACGACGAUCAAACAAAAGAAAUGUAUUUAUUUCGCAUAAUCACAUCCAACAAUUUCUUCAACUAAAUAGCAUUAUUAACAUCCAUCCACUACGGGAUACAAUUUCGGAAAAUCUCAGUUUUAAAGUCGCCUCUGCAAGUCUUCGGCGUGUAACAUUACAGCAAAAACAUGCAGGUUUUUAAACAGCAGUCAUAUCGUUUGCAUUUAUUCAUACACAUUUUCAUGUACUGCGUCAUUUGGAGUCGCAAUGGUGUGGAGUCAACAUUUGUAGAAAUUCAAAGUUCUCCCUCAGCGUUGAUUGGUUCGACGGUCAAUUUUACAGCAACUCUUUAUGAGGAAAAGGGUAAGGUGGCGCCAACAGGAAAAUAUCGUUACAUAUGGAAAGAUGAUGCUCAGCAUAGAGGGCAAUUUGAUUCUACACAACCCUACCACACAUGGACUAUUGAAUAUCCAAAGAAUAAAACAAAAUAUGGCAAAUAUCAUGUAUCGGUGAAUGUGCAGGAGGACUAUCUUAUUUGGAUUUCAAUAGCCUCGGCUACGAUUCCCAUAGAAGUUACAGAUACCCUGGGUGGUAAUAUGCAACUUGUACAAGAUGGUGCGGAGCGUCCCAAGGAAUAUGUGUCGACCAAAGGCAUAGUUAACCAUACCAUUGGUUUACCUACCGAAGAAGAAAUCUAUCUUAGGGAAAAUGCUACAUACAUACAGACAUACUGGUUCCAAAACUGUACAUAUCUGGGUGUAUCGAAUGGUCUCAGUUAUCAGGCUUUGUAUAAAGAGCCAGAGCAAUCGUAUGAUAUCGAGGCUUUGGUGGUGGUAUCUUUUGAAAAAUUACCAGACCCGGUGACAACAACUACAACAACCACUACGACAACCACAACAACAACUACGACGACAACAAGUACCACUACUACAACAACAACAACGCCGAAACCAACCACAACCACCUCAAGCACCACGACGUCGACGACGACUAUAAAACCAAAACCGCAAUCUAAUAAAUCAAAACGUGACACUUCUGCUGAGGCUUCAAAGGAAAUAGCGCAAGCGGCGCAUGCAAAUGCUGCCUUACUGGGAUUAAAUCUAACAGCCGCUUUGCAAACACAAAAUAAAGGCAACAACCCCCUUAAUGUGUCAUCGGCACUUAUAAAUCCCAAAUUGGAACGCAAUUCUUAUGCAGCGGGUGUACAGCAUUAUAAUUUACUACCAAAGUCUUAUGAAGAUGGCAAUGAGCCACCUUUCAAUUGUGUCAAUAAAUCCAUAGUUGUUAGAGAUCCCAUGAAAAUCUACGGUUAUUAUCGCAGGCAAAUUGUUUCAAAAUCUCCCAUUACCAACUUUACAGUCAGUGGCAAAAAUUGGCUGCAACAUGGUGAUCUCUUAAAUUUGGAUAUUAAAUGUAAAGGUUCUUCUAAAAUCGAAUAUUGUGUUUUGGUAUUCGAUGCCCCCUAUAAUGCCACCGGUAAUGAGACAUGUAAAUUUUACUAUAGCAUUGAUAGUUGCGAAUUUAAAUAUAAUCGCUACUAUGGAGACAGCAAAACAUUUUUGUUCUUUAUACGCAACGAUGUUUCGGAAACAGUCAAUCAAGUUACGAUAAACAUCUACGAGGCCAAAAAACAAUCUCAACUCUCUGUGGUCGUUGUACCUGUGUCAUUUACUUUAGUUGCCAUCAUACUGGUGGUAUUUGGUGUCUCAUAUUAUUUGCAAAGUCGCAAUCGCUUUAAUGUCGAAGUGGCCGAUUUCAAUUUCGGCGAAACACAAUCCGUCGAUAUGGAAUACAAGACAUUCCAACAACGUUUAAUCGAAAGUAUACGCGAUGCAUUGCCCACACGACGAAAUUUCACAAAUUCAUCAUCUGAUCUAGGGCCAGAACCAGAUAGUCCAGGUGUGGGUAUUGAUAGUAGUUUACGUUAUAACUCUAUGAACUGAAAAAGGCAGACACCAAGUCCCACAACAACAGAUCCAUCAUUUUGAAUUGUUGAGAAAUGUUUACAACAGCAAAAAUUAAGACAUGAUAAACCAAACAAAAUUUCGUAUAUUUAUAGAAAAAGAAAUUGCGUAAACAAACAAAAGCGAACGACACUAACAAAAUGAUAAGCAAAUAAUCUAAUGUUUUAUACACAUAUACAUAUAUAUUUAUCGUUUAUAGUUACAUUUAUACACAUAUUCAUAUUAUAUUCUUUUUUGUUACAUGAUUUAUGAUAUAUUUUCUUAGUACUAUUAUUAAUUUUGUAAAUUAUAUUUAAUAUUAUUUGUGUGAGUUGUUUUUUUUUAUAUGUAUGUAUGUUUGAAUGCACCUGUUUUUCAUUUUCUAUUGUAGGUGUAUGUAUGUUUGAGCAUCAGUUUUUUUUUGUUUGCUUCAUUAAUAUUUUUUGUAAAAAAAGAAAAUUACAGAAUCACGAUAAAACUAAGGGGGAAAACAAGAAAUAGCUCGAGCUGACAAAUGCCAAACGUAAUUUGACAUUGUGUUUAAAGAAAUGCCAUUUUCAGCUUAUGCUAUUUUGUGGUCUCCUCCCACGAAUAAAUUAUAAUCAUAACAGUUGGAUAGAAUUGAGUUGUAAUGCUUAGCUUCUCAUUACAAAAAAAAAAAAAAAACAUAUGCCUUCCUUUUUUUUGCAGUAUUAAGACAUUUAAGAUUUGAGCUUCCCCUUUCUCUCAAUUGCAAAGACAAUUACCAGGGUUUUUCCUACAUAAUUUAAGGUAAUAAAUAAUCUCAAUACGACUUCUUGAGACUGUCAAAAAGCAAAAUUAUCACUUAAAAACUAUCUAUAUAAAUGCCUUGGGCUAUUGACACCAAACCUUUAUAAUUUAAAUUUUAUUUGCAAUACAAAGUUAUCAAAAAAUCUA